UUGAACCGGAAACCUCAGAAGCUUCGAUAUCUUUGACAUAUCUGUGACUCCUGCUUCUUGGCGGCACGAAACUAAACCAUCUCAUGCCCUUAAACCCCACGAACAAAAUCCUCGUCUUCUCCAAACUCAAACCUCAUAAUAUCAGCAAUGGACUUGAAUUCUCACAUUGAGAAAAUCUUGUGGACUGACCAAGAAAUUUCUCAAAGAGUUUCUGAACUUGCUUCUCAAAUAACGCAAGAUUUUAGUACCAACUCUGACAGUUCGUCAUCUUCCUCUGCUCCCAUUAUAGUUGGAGUUGCCACCGGCGCGUUUCUUUUCUUAGCCGAUCUUGUUCGGAAGAUUCAACUGCCAAUCAGCAUUGACUUUGUCCGGAUUGAAUCCUAUGGUUCUGGGACUGUCUCCUGUGGUAAACCGAAAAUUACAUGCGAUUUAAAGAUUGAUGCCCGAGAUAAGCACGUAAUUGUGGUGGAAGACAUUGUAGAUACAGGAAGCACUUUGUCGUUUCUCAUUGAAUACUUGAAAUCAAAAGGAUCAUUGUCCGUAUCCGUGUGUACUCUUCUUAACAAACCAGAAAGGCGCAAAGUCAAUUUUGAACUUGUGGGAAGCGGAAAGUUUUACUGUGGCUUUGAGUGCCCAGAUUAUUUCGUGGUCGGUUAUGGACUGGACUUUGCAGAGCUGUACAGGAACUUGCCCUAUGUUGGGGUGUUGAAGCCUGAAUUGUACCAAUGACUACGGUCUCACUGAUGCGUAAAACUAUCCAUUGAUUUUUGGCUUAAUAGACUAAGUAAACGGGGAUAAUGUUCUCUACCUCAGCAACUGUACAAACUUCAGUAGAGCGGCGUUUUCUUACUUCCCCUAAGUUUCCUGCAGUGAAAUUGAUAUCCGGAUAGUAUGCAUGCUUUGGACAUAUAUUAUUUGGCCAUUUCUUAGUCUGCAUUUGACUGUUGCUGGCUGGUAUGCAAUAUAUUGCUCUUUACAUUAUUGGAUCC